AUGCAAGCUAUGUCCAGUCCUGGGUGUAGGGAGCAAGCAGAGAGCUCUCCCCAGCAGGGAAUGCGCAGGAUGGUGAAGCUUGCAGUGGGUGGGUCCAUGGGGGGAGGGGGAGCCGGGGUCGUGGGGCUUCAGGGGCUUCAGGGGCCUCAGCGAGUCCCCAGACCCUCUCGGGAACUGAGCGUAGAGGAGCAGCAGGAGCUGAGGAGGAAAAUCAACAGCCGAGAGAGGAAGAGGAUGCAGGACCUUAACGUGGCCAUGGACGCCCUGAGGGAGGUGAUGGUGCCGUACUCUUCCUCACCGUCCUCUUCCUCUGCUGUGGGCAUCGGCCCACAGCAACACCCCUACCUGCCCCCCGGAAUGCCCCCUGCCGGCCGGAGGCUGUCGAAGAUCUCCACUCUGGUCUUGGCGAGGAACUACAUUCUGCUCCUGGGCUCCUCCUUGCAGGAGAUGAGGCGUCUCCUGGGGGAGGUGAGCAGCGUGGGCGUGGGCAUUAACGGGAACAUACCACGUCUUCUCCUGGCGGGGGGUUGGCCGCUGCUCACCACACCGGGACAGUUCCUGCUCACCUCUCCUGACACACACCUCAGCCCUUCCAAAUGCUCUCUCAUGCCCCAAAACGCUCCCCUGACUCAAGAGGAACCCCCUGCAUGGGGAGCGAGAGGGGUCACGACAAUGCCACUGUGUCCGUGUGGGGUAUGUAGGAUCCCAAGAGUUGUACACUCCACCCCAGCCCCAAGGUUCCCAAAAUGA